AUGGCUGAAGGUUUUGUACAACCAAAUAACGAAGAAUCUGCAAUAACAACGGCGGAUGCAACGGAUCAGUAUCUGGAUGAAUUAGCAACCAGAGGUUUUGUUGACGUUAAUGAAGCUGAGGUUCCGAAUAGCAGACGAUUCAAAUCUUGUCGUCUGCAUGGCAUGAUGUUAGACUUGUGUCUUCAUAAGGCCAAACAAGAAAUAUUUUCCGAGGUCAUAAGAUCAUGUCAGAGAAACGAAAUCAACAAGUCUUCCACUCCAUUCGGCAACAUACGUAGACUUUCCAUGAACGUUGGUGGGGGUUAUCAGAGUGAAGAUGUAAUGGCCGUCUUGCUGAAAAAUGCUGACAUGCAUCUUGGUUAUCUUAGGUCUCUUCUUCUCUUAAAAUUACCCCGACGUUUGGAGUUUGUAGAAUUUUCGAAGUCAAUAAAUUUGAAAUUGUUCCUCUUGCUUAGAGUCUUAAGAUUUGAUGGUUUUGACCUACGAGAGAGCAAAUGUGUUGGAGAAGUUGGGAAAUUGACAUCUCUGCAAUACCUAAGCUUCAGAGGCUGUCGCCUAAACAACCUGCCAUUAAGUCUUGGUGAGCUGUUGAACUUGCAAACACUUGAUUUGCGGGUAGUAAUAGAUCGGAUGGUUACCAUACCAAACAUCAUCUGGAAAUUAAAAAGGUUGCGGCAUCUUUAUUUGCCUUCGAAAUUUAAUGAUCGAGAGGAUGAUAAGUUGAAUAGUUUGGUGAACUUGGAGAUGCUUGAAAACUUUGAUACCAGUGCAUGCAGCAUAACCGAUCUUCUCUUCUUGACGAGUCUUCGGAACCUAGCAGCAUCUGUUAAAGGGAAUGCUAAGUCCCUGCAGGGCAUCAUCAAACGCAUAAAUAUGAACCAGAAUUGCUUAUGCCAAACCUCUAUUCGAGUAAGAUGUUUCAACGCAUUUACUGCAGAAGAAAGGGAUUUGUCAAUAAGCCAGCUACUUGAUUGUCCCUCCCCUCAUACUUUGCAGAUCAAGGGAUGCAGAUACGAAUAA